AUGGCCAACAACGAUAAGGUAUCAAACAAAGUGUGCUUGAUUGUGAUCGACGGUUGGGGAAUCACCGAGGAAACGUACGGGAAUGCUAUUCAUCACGCGAACACGCCGGUGAUGGACAAAUUGUGCUCGGGCAACUGGCAACGAAUCGAGGCACACGGUCUUCACGUCGGUCUUCCCGAGGGUCUCAUGGGUAAUUCAGAGGUUGGACAUCUCAACAUUGGCAGCGGUCGACCCGUUUAUCAGGAUAUUGUGCGAAUCAAUCUUUCCAUCAAGAACGACACUUUAGUAAAAAAUGCGACGCUGAUAGCGGCGUGUGAUCGAGCGAAGAAAGGAAAUGGUCGUCUCCAUUUGGCGGGUCUCGUCUCUGAUGGUGGAGUGCACUCACAUAUUGAUCAUCUCUUCGCGUUGGUGAAAGCGAUUAAAGCGCUUGGAGUGCCCGAGUUACACAUUCACUUUUACGGAGAUGGACGUGACACCUCACCUACAUCCGGAGUCGGUUUCCUCAAGCAAACGAUCGAUUUCCUCGACGAGCAACAAUUCGGAGAAAUUGCGACAAUCGUUGGAAGAUAUUACGCAAUGGAUCGUGACAAGAGGUGGGAACGAAUCGCUGUGGGAUAUGAGGCGAUGUUGGACGCGACAAAGGGAGAACAAAGUGACAAGCAAUCAGCGUUAAAAGUCGUUGAGGGGCGAUAUGCGGCAAACGAAACAGACGAAUUCCUUAAACCGAUCAUUUUGAAUGGAGAAAAGGGAAGAGUUAAGGACGAUGACACGCUUAUCUUCUUCGAUUAUCGCGCUGAUCGGAUGCGGGAAAUCUCGGAAGUGAUGGGAAUCGAGGGAGGGAAUCAACACUGUCAAUCACAACUCGCUCAUCCCAAGAAUUUACUUGUUUGCGGAAUGACUCAAUACAAGGCCGAAUUCCCAUUCCCGUCUCUCUUCCCACCAGUAUCCAACAAAAAUGUGUUGGCCGAGUGGUUGGCUGAGCAAAAAGUCACACAAUUUCACUGUGCUGAGACUGAGAAAUACGCGCACGUGACGUUUUUCUUCAAUGGCGGACGCGAGGCACAAUUCAAGGGAGAAGUGCGAUGCAUGGUGCCCAGUCCAAAGGUGCCUACCUAUGAUCAUCAACCGGAGAUGUCGGCGGCUGGUGUUGCGGAUAAAAUGAUCGAACAGAUUGAAAUUGGCCAGCACCCAUUCAUCAUGUGCAAUUUCGCUCCACCCGAUAUGGUUGGACACACUGGAGUUUAUGAGGCAGCGAUUAAGGCUUGCGAAGCGACCGAUGUGGCGAUUGGACGCAUUUUUGAGGCUUGCGAGAAACAUGGUUACGUGUGUAUGGUGACGGCCGAUCAUGGAAACGCCGAGAAGAUGAUUGCGCCUGAUGGUGGAAAACAUACGGCACACACCUGUUACCCUGUACCCUUCACUUGUUCGUCCGAAAAGUUCAAAUUCUUUUCCUCAUUGCCCGAUCGCGAGAUGGCUUUGUGUGAUGUAGCGCCGACCGUUCUCCACAUUAUGGGCCUACCCGUGCCAGCUGAAAUGAGUGGACGUGCAAUUGUGGAAGAAGUCAAACAC